AUGUCCUAUUUGUUGCAACAGAUGUGGUAUCUGUUGCAACAGAUAGUAACAAAUGACUUACCCAUUGCAACAGAUACCACAUCUGUUGCAACAAAUAGGACAUCUAUUGCAACAGAUGUCGUCAUCUCGGGUGGUUAUGGAGGCAAAGAAGGUGUUGAUGUUGGUGGUAACAACGAAGAUGGAGGUGGUGAUGGCAACGGUGGAGGAGAAGGAGGUGGCAACAGUGGUGAUGGAGGAGGAAGUGGUGAUGGUGGAAUAGGAGAAAGUGAUGGUGAAGGAGGAAGAAGAAGAAGAAUUGAUGGUGGUGGAGGUGGGGACGACGACGAUAGAAGGAAAGAGAAUGGCGUCGGCAGAAGGGAAGGAGGAGACUACUUAGCUAUUGGUUGGAUUUCUUUCCCAUCUUUGCCCCCCAAUUUCUUUGGGAAGGAAUCAGUAUUCUCACUAGCGGCAGCUGUAGGUAAAUCACUACAAGUGGACCUUGCUACUAGGAACCAAACAAGACCCAGUUAUGCCAGGGUGAAGGUAGAGAGCGAGUUCCCAAAAAGAAUAAAUGUAGGGCUUAGAAAGCAAUCAGGGGAGAUAUGUUACAAAUGGCUGUAUCCAAAAAGAGAGAAAAUGGGAGAAGAUUUGAUGAAAGAGAAAAUGGGAAAUCAAAUGGGGGAUAACACACGAAAGCUUUUGCAGGAUAAAAAAGGAGACAACCAAAGGAAGGAGGAACAAUUUAGGGAAUACAAGAACAAAAAGGGAUAUGGAAAAAGGAGAUACCAAGCUUGGGAGAAACCGGAACAGGUCUGGAACAAAAAACAAAAACAUCAAAAUUCUGAAGUGGUUGAGAGACAGGAAAUCAAUUUGAGGCUUUAA